AUGCCACCUUCUAGCUUUUCAGGAACUGGGCCCAACGUGGGACCUUCAAAUGCUUGGAAAUUUUUGACGCAGGAGUGCUUGGCUGAGGCUUCUCUGCGUGAAGAACAAGAACGCGGUGGAAUUGAAGAUAUGGCCCAAGAAGCUAAGUCCGAGAAGGUUCGUGCAGCAGUAGGAACAGGUUAUCGACCUUAUGUCAGGAGCCGUACGAGUAAAAAAGAUUCUUCACAAGCGGGAACUACAGUAGACGAGAAUACAAAGUCGUCUGACGACGAGGAUGACCCCCUAGUGACCUGCAAACGGGGUCGCGACUACAGUGGUUGCCCACUCGGCUUUACGGUAAUCGAUGGUGGAGGAUGCCUUUUCAGGGAGUACAAGAUCAAUGACGGAACGACUUUUGCCGGUCGUGAUGGUAGUACGAGUGCUGCUGCUCUCGGCGCUAAGAAUAAGAAUUAUGGUACUAGCGGUCUGGAUGACGAUGAAAGAGCAAAGAGAUUCUUGCCCUCAGAUUUCUACGAUCAUCAACCUCUUCACGCUGGAGAGAUCGAUGCACAGACGAAAGUAGAAGUUCAGGAGCAGCCAGAGCCAGAAGGAGCAGAGGUAAAGUAUGGGAACAAACAUCAUGGUGAACAUCUUCAACAGAUGAGUCGUGACCAACGUCACCAUCUAAACGAUCAAAAGCAUCCGCAUAUCGUCCAAACUAUCUACUACUCCAAAACUGCGCAGUGCGGCGGAGGGCCCUUCUACUUCGGCGAACCCAAGUAUCCACAACAAAAGAACGUUAGUACACAAAAGAUCAUCGCAGGCAAAACGCGUUUUGAGAAGGAGUGCAAAGCGAUCUUUCCGUGUAAGCUGGCACCCCACGCACCACCUGCGAGGUACGUCGACGUAGCAUUUGGGUCUUUAGAUACAACCUAUGAGGGUCCAGGAG